UCGGUCACGUCACUCACAUAACACUGCUUCCGUGGCCAAUGGGGCGUUUUGAUUCCCCGGGGCGAGGCAGCGGACUUGGGCCGCGACAGUUCUAUUUGCGAUCCGCCGAUCAGUGACACACUGUUGCCUUCUGGUUGUGCAAUCCGAGGAGAGGGGCGGGGCGGGGCAAAGGGCUCACUGGUCAGCCCGACACCCUCCUUUCCUCCGCGACCAAUCGUCUGUUCCGGCUCCGGUCCGAGUCCCCGAACAGGCAGAAGAAGUAUCGGCGUCAACCUCGUCGUCAGUGGGAGGUGGCAGAGGCGGUAACGGUCGUUUUCUCGUUCUCGGCAAGUGUGUCGAAGGGCGCGGGGCGUGGCGGGGUGCGGCGGGGUGUGGACGGAGGCUAUAAACCAGGGGGUGCAGCGGGCCCCGGUCGUAGUGCGCGCUGGUUGAGGGCUCGCUCCUGUCCUGUCGCUCGGCGAGUAGUGCGUCCGUUUCGUAGUGAGUGCGUGUACCGCGGGUGCGCUAUGCACGGCCACGCGUGCCGGGUACCAUGAGGGCGGGAGGCGGGUGGCUGCGAGUGGGCGCAGCGGGUGCAACAGCAGCAGCAGCAGGUGUGACAUCAGGUGCGACAGCAGGUGUGGCAGCGAGUGCGCCAGCAGGUGCAGCAGGCACAGCUGCAGCAGGUAGUGCGGGUGUGGCGUGCGCCGACUUCUCCUCAGCUGCAUCGACGCGGUCACCAAGAUGAACCGGCAGGUGCAUUUUGCGGCCCUGCUGCUGCUGCUGGUGGUGCACGCCGGGCCGGGCCUGGGCUGGAGCACGUCGGUGACGCACGGCAACGCCUCGGCGGGAAGCGCGCCUUCACAGCACCGCGCGUCGUAUCCCAGCGCCGCCCAGCACAAACACUCAGGGCCUCCAUACGACUUGCCCACGUACCCGGUGCCGCCGCCGCUCGCCCGACCGGCGCCGAGCUCCACUAGGAUCCCGUCGACGCCACCUGCCAUCACCGCCGAGCCGCUAGCCAUGCCCACGAUGCAGGCCGACGCCUCGGCGUCGUCCACGGCCUACCUGCACCGCUCGUUGUCUGGGACGAGGCCCGGCUACCUCGACACCCUGACCGGGACGCCAUCGUCCUUCUCGUACUUCAUGCAGGUGCAGCCACACCCCCGAGGCAGCUCGUACCGGGAGCGCACGCGGCAGGCGACGCGCGUCGUCAACCUGGUCCCGCACGGCACCACCCGGGAGCAGGACCACGUGCAGCAGGGACUGCCGUUCAGCGGGACGACCUUUCAAAGCUUCCCGUUCGGGCCCAUCAAAGUCCCCAGCACGUUCACGCACCCCAACCCCCUGGCCGGCUACUGGCGUCCGCCCGCCCCGGCAGGGGCGGCCGAGGACUACGCCGGUGACGCGCCGCCGGCCGGCUUCACCGAGGCCGGGAACUACUUCGACGGACGGCCGCAAGAGAGCGCCGCGGUACGCGGCCCACAGCGCGGGGCAGCCCGUCAGCGCCGCCCAAAAGUCAAGCUGAAGCCGAUGGAUAUCACCGUCCUUGGCGACCCUCGCAGACCCAACCUAGGCAUCGUCGGGGUCCCCGGGCAGGACGUGUACAACCCCACGCCUUCGAGGAUCCGCGAGUACGACCCUUACACGGGGAGGUUCAAGGCCCUGACCACGGACGAGGCCCACGACUCUCGAGAAGCUUACAAGAGGCCGGGGGCGUCGGCCGAGAACACGUCCGAGGAGGACGCCGACGUGCAUCACCCGGACGAGGGCAGGGACGAGCUCCGCGAGGAAGAGAGUUACGAAGUGUACGAGACUCCGGACGAGACCCACAGGCUGGUGCCGAUGCGCGCGCCCAGGGGCAGGGCGAGCGGCUGCCUGCAGAAGGACUUCCUCACCGGGCUGCUCUCGCCGCUCAUCAACGCCGUCCGCCCCGCCAUCAAGCAGUGCCAGAAGCAGCAGAGGCAGCAGCAGCAGGCGCAGCAACAGCAGGCGCAGCAACAGCAGCCGCACCAGCCGCAGUUCGGCAGGCUGCACCGGCCACGAGGCCGGCCUCGCAAGAAGCCGGCCAAGCAGCGCAAGCAGCAGCUGCAGCUCCGGGAGCCGUACUUCGAGUUCCGCAACCCCGUGCACAACUACAUCAGCGGCGAGCCCCUAGGCCGCGGCCUCGACGACCUGACCGACGGCGACGCGGACGCCGAGUACCUGAGCGUCGGCGACGCGGAGCGCGAGUCGCGCGCCGAGCCGCAGCACCGGGAGGAGCUUUUCACGGAGGACGGCGCUGACGGCGACGACGGCGUGUUCGCGCCCUACUCGGUGUACCGCACCGUACUGGAGCCCGACCGGAAGUUCCGGCCCUUCGUGCGCUUCCCCUUCGAGGCCGAGCGCUCCGACCUCAAGGCCAUGGUCAGUGACCUUAUCCACCAGGGCACCGCGCCACCAUGACGCCGUGGCGGGAGCGACUCCUGCAGCCUGGGAGAGGUCCUCAACGAGUGCUGCAACGCGCUCUGCUUCUAGCCGGCCAAGGCCAGACAGAUCUCUGCCGCGAGACCUGCUUCAGGACACGGAUCGCUCUCGCCCCCUUCUACUUCGCAAGCAAAUUUCGAGUGGGUGUAUAUUAAAGGGUUAAAGGACAAUGAACCCACUCUUGCGGUCGUUGAUUACGAAUGCGUUUAAUUGUGAUAAGAAAGUAGCGCUCAAGAACACUAUAGGAUAGUUUCUAUUAUUGUGAUUGUGAUACUUAAAAACUAUGUCCCUCCAAAAGACUGAUCUGGCCCCAAUGACGUGUAGGGUAGCGAUUUGGUUAUUUCCGAUUUCCAGUGCUGCAUGGCUUCAACCAACCGAGAACCAGUUUUUUUUGUUUUGAUAUGUAAGUUAUUAUGUCGUUAAGUCUUCUUUUUUUUAAUUAUAGUAAUUAUGUGUGAAAUAAAUUAAAUUUUCUCAAAA